AUGAGUAGCAAGUUUUAUAUUGAAGAGGUAUUCGAUGAGAUUCAAAAUGAAAAGUUGGACAUACCAAAUACAGAUAAAAACAAAAUCAUGUUAACACUUGAAGAAAAUCUAAAAGAAAAGAAUGAUUUCCUACUUUCAGAAGAUUUUAAUUAGUUUCAAUAAUUGCUUGUUAUUUCAUUGAUUACAAUCAAUUUUUCUAGUGAUGAUCCAUUUUUCAGACAUAUUACGAUGGUUGUCAAGGCUAUCAAAAAAGCCAUUAAGAAAAGGCUUACUUAGGACACUAAUUACUUCUAAUCAGUUUAAGAAUAUAAAAAUUAAUAAUCAACUCUCUUUAAAAUCUUUUAUUAAGAUAUAAACAUUGGAUUCAUCACAUCCACACUACAAAUAAAGUCUACAGCAUUCAUCUUUCUCAAUAAAUCAAUAGCUGAUAGUUUUAUGAAUAAAAAAAUAUCAAUUGAACAAAAAAAUGAGCGAGUAAGAUUGACUCUCUCUUUUUUCAAUAUCAACAUUUAGAAAGAAUUAAAUGUGUAAUAAGAUUUUAAAAACUAAUUUUUAAGAAACAAUAAAUUCAAAAAUGAAUUUAUUGUCUUAAAUGAAGAAUUGGAUCAACAGAAAUAAUCCACAACUUUUCAUGUCUAUAAGCCAAUGGAUGAUUAAAUUUAUUUUGUUAAACGAAUUUAAUUGUAAGGCAUUCCUAUUAAUGUUACAUUUCAAGAUAUUUUUAAUACAAAAAGUUCUAAUUAAGAUUACUUAACAAUUCAAGAAGCACGUAUUCUAUAACGUAUUUCACAUCCAAACAUCAUCAGACAUUAUGAUUGGUGGCUUGAAUCAAAAAAUUAACAACUAUUCCUCUACACUCAAAUUGAAUAUUGCAUCUAUCCAGGAUAUAUCUCGCAAACUAAAAACCUAUUGAGUUAUUCUUAUUUUUAUAUGAAUCCAAUGCCAUCAGAAUAGAAGAGCAAAUUAAUAAUUGAAAUAAUGUGCCAAAUUAUAAGUGGCUUGGAGUAUUUGCAGCAAAAGCAAAUAAUCCAUGGAGAUCUCAAGCCAGAAAGCAUUAUGGUUACUACGAGUAUCACUGGGGAAAUCUAAGUAAUGUUGGCAGACUUGAAUCAUUCAUACUCUUAUUUCGAAGAUAUGCAAAAAUAAUUCAAACAAGAUUAACCGCAAUAUAAAUAACAAAGUCUUCAAGCUUUGGGAGUGUUACUCAUGCACCUCAUUCUCACAUUCCCUGGAGAACCAACAUUAAGGAAUAAUUAUGUAUCCAAAUUGUCAAAUUACGAUAUUGAUGAUUCCCUAAGUGAAUUUGAUAAAUGGGCUUAAAAAUCUGUAAAAAAUCGACAUAAAGAAUUUUCAUUUUUUUUAUACAAAAAUUUGAUGUCAUUAGCAAAAUCCCUUUUAAAGAAAUAGUAAUUUAAUGAAUUGCAUGAAGUAAGAACUUUUAUUUAAAAUAAUAAAUAAUUUGAUCAUCUAUUAGUUUGA